AUGUCGGCCCUUGGGAGAUGUGGCGCCCGUGAGCUGCGAGCCCUAACAUUUCCAAAUCCCUCGAUCGCAGCAGCAUCAGCGGCGCGGUCAUUCUCCGUGCUCAAUCGCCCACCACCAAAUUACCCGGGCCAUGUCCCAUUGACGACGAUCGAACGUGGAGCUCUGGCCAUAGGCGCAGCGGUGGGAUCAUUGAUCAACCCUCGACGAGCAGGUCCGUCCUUGUCCCCAUUUUCUUUUCUUGUCUGUGUCACGACUAACACCAAUGCAAUGGCUGCAGACCUCAUCGCCGCCCUCGGCGAAGCAACCGCAACACCAUACUUCAUCUACCGCCUCCGCGACGCCAUGCUCUCCGAUCCCACUGGCCGCCGGAUCCUGCGCGACCGACCACGCAUCACAUCCGACACCCUGAACAUGUCCUACCUCCGAACCCUUCCCCCAAACUCCGUCGGCCGCACCUACGCCCAAUGGCUCGACCGCGAGGGCGUCUCGCCAGACACGCGCGAUAACGUGCAGUACAUCGACGACGCAGAGUGCGCGUAUGUCAUGCAGCGAUAUCGCGAGUGCCACGAUUUCUACCACGCCGUCACGGGGCUUCCGAUUUUCGUGGAAGGGGAGCUAGCCCUCAAGGCGCUGGAGUUCUUGAAUACGCUUUUGCCCAUGACAGGGUUGAGUCUGUUUGCGUUUGUGAGGAUGAAACCGGCUGAGAAGGAGCGGUUCCUCUCGCUGCACCUUCCGUGGGCGGUGCGUAGUGGGCUUGCGAGUAAGGAGUUGAUUAAUGUUUAUUGGGAGGAGGUGCUGGAGAUGGAUGUCGACGAGUUACGGGCCGAGUUGCAUAUUGAACAACCGCCCGAUCUCCGGGAUAUUCGAAAGAUGGUCAGGAUGCAGCAGAAGCGGGAGAAGGAGAAACUGCAGCAGAGCUAG